AUGGCGGGGCGGAACUCUGACUCUCAGGGCCAGACAUCCCCGCUCGAGUCUGGUGAUUCGCCGCGGCCCAGACAAGCAGCCUGUCUCGUAUGUCGUCGCUCAAAGAUCAAAUGCGACUGGAAACCUCACCAGGAACGAUGCAGGAGAUGCAUUCAGCUUGACUGCGAGUGUGUGCGUCCCGCAUAUCAUCCCGGGCGGCAAAAGGGUAUUAAAAAUAAACGAACUGGGUUGGAUAAGGCGCUGUAUCAGAUUGACCAGGCUGUCAAGCGCGCCAGAUCAGCGUCGCAGAAGAAUCCCGAAGAUGAUAGGAUCUUGAACCAUUUGCAGGAAUUGCUCAGCAAUGCUAAUACACCUGAACAUGCGACUACUCGUGGAUACAGUACCAACGGGGAUGGCGAUGAAGAUGCGUACUCAGAAGAAGAGGAGGAGCAGGAUCCAGUAGCGAUGCCUGAUUUUAUCCAAAGGACGCAACAGAGUCUUGCUAUUGACGAUGCAGAGAAUCCACUACAGCUUCUCGCGAGGGCAUCCUAUAUCCAACCGUCGCCUGAGUCGCGACAUGGCAAUUCUCCUAUACAAGCGCAUACGGCUAGUACGCAGGGUCAAACGGAGGAUGAAAUUCAAGCAUUCUUUGCGCCGGCGCAAGUCCACCUCGAUGUUGGACCGGAUGUUGAUCCUGUUUCUCUGGGGCUUGUGUCUGAGGAGGAAGCGGAUAAGCUCUUUAACUUGUGA